AUGGCGAGUCCUGAGGAGAAGCAGGAACAGAGACAAAUGGAGUUGGCGCAGGAGCAUGAUGCGGCCUCGUCUUCCGAUCCGGAGUCCGGGGUCGACCAAGCGGUGAUAGGCCCCGCGUGGAUGUACAAGCCCAUAUUCAAAUGGGGCAACUGGCAGGCCCCCUAUUUUGCCUCCCCGGAGAUGCAACUAUACCUGGUCUCGUUCGUCUGUUUCUUAUGUCCUGGCAUGUUCAAUGCCGUCAGUGGCCUCGGUGGCGGUGGCCAGGUCAACCCCCACGAUGUGAACAACGCCAAUACAGCCCUAUACAGUACCUUUGCCGUGGUAGGCUUCUUCGCGGGUUCGAUUGCCAAUCGAAUCGGUCUUCGCUUGACCCUGUCUCUCGGUGGUCUGGGCUACUUCCUCUACGUCGCGGCUCUUUUGUCGUACAAUAUCAAUGAGAAUGCCGGUUUCCUGAUCUUCGCCGGUGCUUUCCUCGGUGUCUGUGCCGGUCUGCUAUGGUGUGCUCAGGGCGCGGUGAUGUUGAGUUAUCCCCGGGAGCACGAGAAGGGAAAAUAUAUCGCCAUCUUCUGGGUUAUCUUUAACCUGGGUGGUGUGAUUGGCAGUUUGAUUCCUCUCGGUCAAAACAUGCACUCCAACGCCGGGAGAGUCGACAACGCCACAUACAUCGCCUUCCUGGUUCUCAUGGCCAUCGGGUUCAUCCUCUGCUGGUGCAUCGCCGACUGUAAGCAUGUCAAGCGCAAGGAUGGUUCCCGAAUUAUCGUCAUCAAGAACCCGACUUGGAAAUCAGAGUUCCUGGGUCUGUGGGAGACACUGCUGCAGGAUUCGUACAUCGUCCUCAUGUUCCCCAUGUUCCUCGCCAGUAACUGGUUCUACGGAUACCACUUCAACGCCGUCAACCUGGCCUACUUCAACGUCCGCACCCGCGCCCUCAACAGUCUCCUGUACUGGUUGAUGCAGAUGGUGGGCGCUUUCGUCUUUGGUCAGCUAUUGGAUUUGAAGGGUCUGUCCCGGCAAUGGCGCGCCAAGCUCAACUUUGGCAUUCUGGUUGCUGUGACUAUGGCUAUUUGGGGCGGUGGCUACGUCUUCCAGAGAGGGUACACGAGGGAGUCUGGCGAGAUCGGUACCGACUUCACCGACAGUAACUACAUUGGCCCCAUGUUCCUGUACAUGUUUUACGGGUUCUACGAUGCUGCGUUCCAGACCUGCACCUACUGGUACAUGGGAUCCCUUUCCAACAACAGCCGCAAGCUGGCCAACUUUGCUGGUUUCUACAAGGGCAUCCAGUCUGCCGGUGCUGCUGGCAUGUGGAGCCUGGAUGCUCAGGAGACACCCUAUAUGACCGAAUUUGCCUCUUGCUGGGGCAUUCUCAUGGGCAGCAUGCUCAUCGCCUCGCCCGUCAUUUUCUUCAAGAUUAAGAACAGCACUGCUGUCGAAGAAGAUUUGCGAUUCUCAGACAACACCACUGCUGAUGUGAUGGGCGCUACUGCGACCCAUGAACUCGGCGAGAUGGAGAAGCACCAGGCAGCGGAUCACACGCCGACUGAGACUCUUCGCGAGUCGCAAGACGAGCCGGCCCCCCGAGCCUGA